AUGGAUGACAAUGCUCUGAAAUUGGAGUUUUCAGCCUCCGAUGAACCCAUUACCGAAUCUAAACCCAACGCGCAAGGAAAUGGUCUUAAUAUCCCCAAAUGGAGGCUCGUGUGUCUAUGUAUCAGUAUCGUAGCAACAGCUCUCUACACCAUCGGUGUAGAAUUCAAUUCUCUCAACUCCAUUUCAUGGAUAGCUCUCGCAUACACCCUAUCCUGCCUAGGUUGUACUGUGUUAUUCGCAAGAAUUGGUGAUAUUACCUGUCGAAAGAAUGCAUAUACUGCAGCAUUCAUCAUAUUCUCCGCCUUCUCAAUUGCGUGCGGAUUCGCGAAAACACUGAACCAACUUAUUGCAUUCAGAGCUUUGCAAGGCAUAGGUGGCUCGGGUCUGUAUUCUUUGACCAUGGUUAUCUUCCCUGAAAUCAGUCCCCUGGGAAUGUGA